UUCUUUCAGGUUUACAACACAGCGAAACGGCGUGUAAAUCUUUGGAGGAAAGCAAGCGGCAAGAGACAAGGCUGUGUUUGUGAUUAACUUCUAUAAUGUGUUCCGAGUACAGCGGCGAUAUUUUAGGCGAAAGGGGAAGAGGAGCCCUAGACUUGUGCGUAAAAGUAUCUCUAGAAAUAAAAGUCUCGGAGAAAGCAAGGCAAAGGUUCGACAUGUUCGGCGUGAAGAAUGAUUUCAUCGUUCAAUUACAGUGUGAUACAUUUGGAAAACCAGAGCUUUCUAGAUGCAACGAACGGAAUGGAUUCGUAGCUCUUUGUAACCCUAGAAAGAAAGUGGAACAACUCUUAGAUAAAGUUGGAGUGGAAGACGGUUACAACGAAAGAGAAAAACCUCAAGCCGUUCAACGAACCUGCAGUUGUGUGAUGGGAAAGCAGCGACCUGUUUUUGAACCAACCGCACUAAAGCAUGGUUCAGGGAUUAUUCUCAACGAUCAUUUUGUAGUCACGAGUAAGCAAGUGGUUGAAUCAGCUUUUAAUGAUCGCGCAGAGGGAUACGUAGUGUAUAUUUCCAAUGCAGCUAUCGGUAAGCUUCCUUGCCAAGUAUUCGAUGUUGACGAAUUAAACGACUUGGCUUUACUGCGUUGCCAUGACCUAAAUUUAGAGAAAAACCGUCUCUUGCCGCUAUCAAACCAGCUGUUGUCACCAGAUUUGCCAAUUAUUUGUUUUGGUUAUCCAUUGAGUUACAGAGGUGAAAGAGCCCUUGUUGUCAAUGGAAAAGUCUGUCCAAGCGAGCCCAUAUCAGGUGAUUCAACGAUUCCGUUGGAAUGCCCUCUUAACUCGGGAAACUAUGGAAGUCCAGUCCUCCGUUGGAUCAAUGACCAGUUAAGAGUAGUUGGUGUUGUAACAAGAAAAAACGUCCUUGAGGUUGACACACUAGUUAAGAGAGAUGGCAUUCAAAAUGCACCACAAUCAAAUCACACUCGUGAAACGGCACAUAUGAUGACUUCUGAUACUGCCACACAGCAACUGGUGAGACAUGUACUACAUAACAUUGUGAAGGCACGUUCUCCUUUUUCUGUAUUACCAGGGAUUUGCCUAGUCGAGUUUGUGAAAACCUCUGCCAGGAAACAUGGAGGCAAGCAUAAGGAGGAGUUGG